CCACUGGGGUACCCUGCUCCUUCAGCGUGUAUUAUCAGUAAAAAUGGCGAGCUGGUGUGUACGAGCUGUAAAACAGAGUUACUCUGUUGUAGCAUCUCCUUCAAUAAUAAGGGCAUCCCCACGGCUCCUAUGCACAGCAGCCCAGCAGAAAAGCAGCCAGGGGUCGGAGGAGGACCAGCAUGCUGAGCAGAGCGCAGCAGAGAAGGGCCUUGCUGAGGAGAAGGGCCAGCUGGAAGAGCAGCUCAAAGAGGUCACGGACAAGUACAAGCGGGCCCUGGCAGACACGGAGAACCUGAGGACGAGGAGUCAGAAGCUGGUGGAAGACUCAAAGUUGUAUGGAAUCCAAAGGUUCUGCAAAGACCUGCUGGAGGUGGCGGACAUCUUGGAGAAGGCGACGGAGAGCGUGCCCAGUGAGGAGGUGUCCUCUCAGAAGAACCCCCACCUGAAGAACCUGUACGACGGCCUGGUGAUGACAGAUAAACAGAUGCAGAAGGUGUUCGCCAAGCACGGCCUGGUCAAGCUUAACCCAGACGGAGGGCAGAAGUUCGACCCCUAUGAGCACGAGGCUCUAUUUCACGCCCCUGUGGAGGGUAAAGAGCCCGGCACGGUCGCCAUAGUAACCAAGGUGGGCUACAAACUCCACGGGCGCACCCUCCGGCCGGCAUUGGUGGGCGUGGCCAAAGCCCCUUGAUUUAAAAUAAAAGUUCAGUAUGACCGUGAUGUCAUUGUUUUUGCCUGGGUGACAGAUCACCAUGGCUACUGCAGGCUGGUCAAAGCGCCCCACCCAACCACCUAACGUUGCCUCAAAGAGGCGGGAAUCCAACCUGAACUAACCAACCUGCACUUGCUCACUCCCUGUCAUGAAUUAAAAAGCAUUGGAUUGGCUGGAUGGAGUUUACGGCAUUGUUAAAUCCAUGACAGGAAGUGUGCAAGUGCAUACUUUGCGGGGAAGGGUGUCGAAUUGGGACACAGCCCAUGUAUCUGCCAGGCGCAAUUAUGUUUGAGCAGAAGAAACACUUGUGAUGGCACGUAUAGCACAGAACCAGUUUGACAAGUAAUUUCUGUCAUCAGGAUCAGAUUCCUGUCCAGUCAUUGUAAUUGUUAUGGAUGGGAAAAUGUAAUGUAACUCAUGAUUAUUUACCAAA